AUGCCAAGCAAACGUGACUAUUAUGACGUUCUAGGUGUCCCUAAAGACGCAAAUGACGACCAAAUAAAGAAAGCCUAUCGUAAACUCGCCUUAAAAUGGCAUCCAGACAAAAACCCCAACGAUCGUGAAGGUGCUGAACAAAAAUUCAAAGAAAUCGGAGAAGCCUACGCAGUCUUAUCAGACUCAAAUAAACGUACAAUUUAUGACCGCUACGGUCACGAAGGUCUAGAACAUGGCGGAGGCUCUUCUUCAAAUGGAUUUUCUGACGCAGAUUUCCAUUUCGAUUUUACAGACGCUGAAGAUAUUUUCCGACAAUUUUUCGGAGGACGAGACCCAUUUGCUGGGUUUAUGGAAGACGACGAUUUUGGGUUUUUCGGAGGAAGCUUGUUUGGAAAUAGGCAAAGAAAUGCCAAUAGAAAUGGCAGGAGAAAUGAUCCAUUUGGAGACUUCUUUGGAGGAGAUUUCUUUGGAGGGGAUUUUAUGAGUGGCAUGGGAGGAAGCAGCCAUGUAACUUUUUCAUCGAGCUCUAGUAGUGGAGGAAGAGGAGGGGUCAGCAAAAGUGUAAAAACAACGAUUGUUAAUGAAAAUGGAAGGCAGGUAAAGAAAACUGUGACCACUAUAACACAUCCUGAUGGGAGGAAAGAAAGAAGAGAAGAAACUGAAGAAGGAGGGGAAACAAGAAAUAGACAGCCUCGACAUCUGAGGAAUUAA